AGUCUCCUCUGUGUCCUCUCUCUCUUUCUCACUCUCUCUCAAUCUAUCAAAGUGAGUCCAAGAUGCAAGCAUAGCACAGAAUCUAAAAGUUAGGAGAGAAGAGUUGGCCCCUUCCCACUACACAAGGCUUUUAUGCACUCCACCCCCUCAUUUCCCCACCCCUCUCAUUUCCCAACCCAACACAUACACCCCCCCUUUCCCCCCUCCCCCUCUUUCUUUGUACUUUGUAGCCCUUUUUUUGCUGUUCAUCACCCCCAGAAGAGAGAAGCUCUUCUCCACAGUUUCCUUUGGACAUGAAUUGAUGUUUCCUCACAUGGUGGUUUUUCCUGGUGGGUUCAUCAAAUCCGUCCAUGUUCUUCGGUUUUUAGCGAGUUUGUGGGGGGGCUGAGGGGGUUGGAUUAUGAGAGAGGGAGCGGCGGCAUGGGGCGGCGGCGGCGGCGGAUGAUGAUGAUUCUUUGCCCAUCUGUUGUAGGCGUUCUCCUUCUUGUUCUCGUCGCGAUCCGAGGCCCCGGAGUACAACUCUCAAAACCAUUAGAACUGCACUUGCUUGCUCGAAGGACACUGCUACCCUUGACAAAUGCGCCUCCAACAAAUAACACAACUGAGAUACUUGAUCCCUCAAAUAUGGUUGCUCCAUCAAUUUCUCCACCGCCGAGAAACUUAGAUUUUGAUGUAUCCCCACCCCCAUACGUGUCCUCUUCAGUUCCUCAUACGAAAGACGAAGCAUCCAGUCCUGUGUAUUUUAAAGAACCACCAAAAGAAUAUGCACCUGCUCCAGCCACGACGUCUGAGGGUAAUCCCGUUAAAGAAAAUAAUCUUUCUCCUAAGCCAGUUUUUCAUGGAGAAGCACCAUAUACUAAUUCUUCAGUCCCAGCUCCAAGUAAAGAAGUUUCACUGCCUCUUCCGCUUCAACCUCCAACUAUUCCUCCCUCUGGAUUUCCACAUACUUCUGACGUAUUUCCCCCCGCUGUUCAAGCAGUGAUAUCAUCAGCGCAGCCAAGUGCUCCACCGUAUGAAAGCCCGUCGUCAAGUCUUCCCAGUUCCCACGAUCUUUCUCCUUCCUAUGCGGUUCCACCAUCUGCGCGUACUGGAAAUGGAGAAGCACCAAAGAUUAGUCCUCCAGUCUCAGUACCAAGAAACAAAGUUUUGCCACCUCCUCAACCUCCUAUACCGGCUUUUUUUGGACAUGCGCCAUCUCCGACACCAGAUUCGCCGCAUACUACAAAUAACCAGUCUGGGCCGGCAGUUCCUCCGACACCUAUCACUCCUCCAAUAAGUCGAAAUGGUAGUGAUGUUUCAGUCGCACCACCCCCGAAUGAAUCAUCUAGCCAAAUAUCCCCAAUUAAUAGUUCCACGCCGAAUGCACCUGCAUCAAACGCUUCUCGCUUCCAUGGGAAUAGGUAUGGCUCACCAAUUGCUUCGCCUCCAAAGGAACCUUCUACUAGUUUGCCACCUCCAAGUUAUUCACAUUUACAAGGGCCUGCUGCUUCUUCGGCAUCAACUCCCAAUUUCAACAAUAGUGCGGCACACAGCAUUCCAGUAGCAGCACCUCCAAAAGAAUCAUCCGGUCAUUCGUCACGUGUAAAUUCGUCCCGGAUAACAGGGCCUGCUUCUUCUCCAGUAUCAACUCCCCGUGUCAACAAUAGUACAACACACAGCAUUCCAGUUGCAGCACCUCCAAACGAAUCGACCAGUCAUUCGCCACCUGUAAAUUCAACCCCUAUAAAAGGGCCUGCUUCUUCUCCGGUAUCAACUCCGCAUGUCAACAAUAGUAAAACACACAGCAUUCCAGUUGCAGCACCUCCCAACGAAUCGACCGGUCAUUCGCCACCUGUAAAUUCAUCCCGUAUAAAAGGGCCUGCUUAUUCUCCAUCAUCAACUCCCAACUUCAACAAUAGUGCGACACACAGCAUUCCAGUUGCAGCACCUCCAAAAGAAUCAUCCGGUCAUUCAUCACCUGUAAAUUCUUCCCGUAUAAAAGGGCCUGCUUCUUCUCCAUCAUUAUCUCCCAUUGUCGACAAUAGUACGUCACACAGUAUUCCUGCUGCAUCAACUCCAAAGGGAUUAUCCACCCAUCCACAUGUAAAUUCUUCACAUAUAGAAGGGCCUGCUUCUUCUCCAGCAUCAACUCCCAAUGUCAACAGCAGUACGGCGCACAGCAUUCCAGUUGCAGCACCUCCGAAAGAAUCAUCCAGCCAUUCAUCACCUGUAGAUUCAUCCCACAUAAAAGGACCUGCUUAUCCUCCAGCAUUGACUCCCAAUGCCAACAGUAGUUCGACACACAACAUUCCAGUUGCAGCACCUCCGAAAGAAUCAUCCAGCCAUUCAUCACCUGUAAAUUCAUCCCACAUAAAAGGGCCUGCUCCUUCUCCAGUAUCGACUCCCCAAGUCAACAAUAGUGCGAGACACACCAAUCCAGUUGCGUCACCUCCAAAGGAACCAUCUACCCAUUCAUCACAUCUAAAUUAUUCCCGUACAAAAGUUUCUUCCCCUCUGAUAAGCCCUUCUCCACACGAAGCAAAGAUACCACCACAAACUAUACAUGCACCUUUGAAUUCACCUAAUCGAUCUCCUUCGGGAAGAACACUUAAUAGUCCUGCACCUGUACCUGUUUCUACAACUCAUAACCACAAAGGAAGAGGAACACCAGAGCCCGCACAUGCUCCAUUCCAGCCGAAUAUAUCGGAAUCUCCAGCAGCGUCCCCCAAGAAUAAUCGAAGGCAUCAUCCUUCGCCACCCCAUGCUCAAGGCCCUUCAAUUUCUCAGGCUCCUUUUCAUUCAGCAGAUAGUCGACAAGCUCCUUCCUCUUCUCCAUCAAUAAACAUACCAUCUACCAUAAACAGACGGCCUGUUCCAUCUCCCAUGCCCCCUCCCAGUGCUUCCACCCGAGAAAAGCAUGAAGCGCCAUCACCAGAACCUAUUAAUACAUUACCGCCUCCGCCACCUAAUUUAGAUUGUACACCGCUAUCAUGCUCAGAUCCUUGGACAAAUAGCCCACCAGGAUCGCCAUGUGCUUGUGUGUUGCCAAUAAAAGUUGGGCUACGCUUAAACGUUGCCUUAUACACGUUCUUUACUUUGGUUUCUGAGCUUGCCCAAGAACUUGCUAAUGGAGUGUUAAUGAAACAAAGUCAGGUCCGAAUCAUGGGAGCAAAUGCCGCAAAUGAGCAGCCUGAGAAGACUGUCGUUUUCAUUGAUCUCAUCCCACUCGGCAACAAAUUCGAUAACACGACGAUCUUUUUGGUUAAUGAGAAGUUUUGGCACAAGGAGGUUUUCAUAAAUGCUUCCUACUUUGGGGAUUAUGAUGUUUUAUAUGUUAUCUACCCAGGCCUUUCUUUGUCUCCACCUGCAGCACCUGGAGAUAUGAGUAGUGAAGAUGGGGUAUUAAUUAACGGAAACAAUCCGAAGUCUAUACGACCUCUUGCCGCCAAUGUGAGAAAGCAUCGAGAAAAACAAAGUGGCAGCCUGAUAGUUAUUAUUAUUUUGUCGGCUGUUUUUGCUCUAGUUUUGUGUGUUGGAGCUGCGUGGAUGGUAUUCUUGAAGUGCAUAGUUCGUUCUCAUCCGCUAGGACCAACUACUUCUUUUGCUAAGUCGCAAGGGACGGGAGCUCGGGCAUUAGGAAGCCAACCUAGCUCAGCAUCAGCAUCCUUCUCCUCGAGCAUCGCAACAUGUGCGGGCACGGCAAAAACAUUUAGCCUUGCGGAGAUGGAAAGAGCUACAAACAAAUUCGACGAGUCCAAAAUAAUCGGCGAAGGUGGUUUUGGACGUGUGUACAAAGGGACUCUCGAUGACGGGAGGUGUGUGGCUAUAAAGGUUCUUAAGAGGGAAGAUCAGCAGGGCAGCAGAGAGUUCUUGGCUGAGGUUGAGAUGCUGAGCCGUCUGCACCACAGGAAUUUGGUUAAGUUGUUGGGUAUAUGCACUGAGGAGCAUAUGCACUGUCUGAUCUAUGAACUCAUUCCCAACGGUAGCGUGGAAUCUCAUCUGCAUGGACCGGAUAGAGAAACCGCUCCACUUGAUUGGGAUGCACGGCUUAAGAUUGCCCUCGGUGCAGCUCGUGCUCUUGCCUACCUCCACGAGGACUCAAACCCUCGUGUCAUACAUCGCGAUUUCAAGUCCAGCAACAUCUUGUUGGAGCAUGAUUUCACCCCUAAGGUCUCCGACUUUGGCCUAGCCAGAGCUGCCCGGGACGAGGCACACGAGCACAUUUCGACUCGCGUUAUGGGAACCUUCGGAUAUGUUGCCCCUGAAUAUGCUAUGACAGGGCAUCUUCUUGUCAAGAGCGAUGUUUACAGCUACGGAGUUGUCCUUCUUGAGCUCCUCACGGGAAGGAAACCAGUAGAUAUGUUGCGACCCCCGGGGCAAGAAAAUCUCGUAACAUGGGCGCGCCCACUUCUUACAAGUAAAGAGAGUUUAGAGACGAUAAUCGAUCCAUCUCUCGACAUUAAUAAAUACGACAGCUUGGCAAAAGUAGCGGCUAUUGUCUCAAUGUGCGUUCAGCCUGAAGUCGAUCAACGACCGUUCAUGGGUGAGGUGGUUCAAGCCCUGAAGCUGGUAUGCAACGAGGGCAACGAGCACAAAGUGUCGGAAAGUUUUAGCCGAGAAGAUUCACAUACUCCAGACACGGAAUUGAGACUCAGCGGAUGUUUGGACAUGGAAGCAGAAAGGAAAUUAUCCUCUUCUAACGUGUUGAGUACCUCAGCGCGUUUUACGAGGGAUGCGACUGGUUCCUUCAGGAGGAUUUCGAGUUCAGGCCCUUUGAGAACAAGUAGAGGAGCAUGGUUUUGGGAUAGAGGGAGGAACUUAUCGGGGAGAAGCUCAAGCGAGCAUGGGAUUGAACAAAGAUUUCAAACGGGUUCGGAGGGUGGCGAAAGCAUUUUGUAGAUAAGAUUUCCUUUUCUUUGUCUGCAAGAACAUGCAUGUCCAGGAAUAAGGAUUACCAGCUUCUCGGCAUGCUCAAUAUCAGGCAUUUUUGGAGAAAGGAAAAGUUGAGGAGAUUUGAAUAUCAAUAAUGUGCUGUUAAAUGGAAGAAGAGCCUUUCUACUUUAAAGCUAUACAUUGAAGGGCCAUUUUAAAGCUUGAUCCACGAACAUUUAACCAGUUUGGCUUCUUUUCACAAAUAACCCUCGCAAACAGAGAACGUGGAAGAAGAGCCUUUCUACUUUAAAGCUAUACAUUGAAGGGCCAUUUUAAAGCUUGAUCCACGAACAUUUAACCAGUUUGGCUUCUUUUCACAAAUAACCCUCGCAAACAGAGAACGUGGUUUCAGCUACUUGUGUUUCCCUUAUCAAGUGGGAACUUAAUAAAGCCGAGCCGCAGAUCGACACACAGCAUCUCCUGUUCUUCAGCUUAAGACCUGGGGUAGUAAUUGCAAUCUUCCUCAUUGUACAAUCAUCCAAAAGAUUCCUUAAAAUAUAUUUUUCCUUUUCUUUUGAAUUCUUAAGAGGACCUCAGACAUUUUUGUUCUAUGUCUAAGCUCAGCAAAUGAAUUGUUUCAAUCGGAAUCAGUCGAGAAUCAUCGUAUAUUUUGAUAGUCGUACACACACUUGUACUCUUAUUGUUUGGUUUGUUUCUGUAAAUAUGUACUGGGGAAUUUAUAAUGAAGAUCUGAUGUGCAGCAAAUAGUGAUCACUUUCAGAUAAUUUGUUUAA